AUGAAGGAAAUGACCAUACAUAUUCAAAAAGAGCCUAGAAAGAUCUCCGAUUUCCGUGAAGAAUUAGUUCUGGAAUUUGAACUUGGAAGUAACAAGACGUACAAAGAUACGAGUCAAAAACUUGUGCUCUCCGUGCUACGUUCUAUUUCCGAGCGAAUCUGGAAUGUUGCCAUCAUUGCUGGAGGCUGCAAAAAUGUGAAGUCAAAUGCAAACCAGGAGAUCAGAAAUCGACGUCGGUGUAUCUCGUCUCCGAACAAGACCGACGAAACUACAGUAUAUGCGCGGAACGGGGAAAUCAACGUAUUGCCAAUAUAUGGUGUCAGAUGUGGAUCCUGCAACGGAUACAUCUACAGAAGAUUUGGCGAAUGGAGAUGCUGGACAUCGGCGUACACUCACUAA